AUGGGUUGCUUCCCAUGUUUCGAUGCUUCGAAGGAAGAGGAGACACUGAAUCAAGACGAGAAGUCCGAUGAUCGAAAGCCGACUUCCUUGCCCACUGUCGCUUCAAAUAUUUCCAAGUUGUCUUCUGGGUCCGAAAGGCUUAGAUCAAGAAGCCUUGGUCUAUCCAAGAGGGAAUUACAGUUACCGUCUCCCAAGGAUGGAUCUGCCGUAAAUAUAGCAGCUCACAUUUUCACUUUCCGGGAGCUUGCUGCCGCCACAAAGAAUUUCAGGCCAGAGUCUUUCCUAGGGGAAGGAGGCUUCGGUCGUGUGUAUAAAGGGCGUCUCGAAACUACUGGUCAGGUCGUGGCUGUGAAGCAAUUAGAUAGAAAUGGGCUGCAAGGGAAUAGAGAAUUUUUGGUGGAGGUUCUGAUGCUUAGCCUUUUACACCACCCCAACCUCGUGAGCCUGAUCGGUUAUUGUGCUGAUGGUGAUCAGCGUCUGCUUGUCUAUGAAUUCAUGCCCUUCGGUUCGCUCGAAGAUCAUCUUCAUGAUCUUCCACCUGAGAAGGAACCUCUGGAUUGGAACACUCGAAUGAAGAUAGCAGCAGGAGCAGCCAAAGGGUUGGAGUAUCUCCACGACAAGGCAGCCCCUCCGGUGAUUUACCGAGAUUUCAAGUCGUCGAACAUUCUUCUACAUGAAGGAUUCCACCCCAAGCUAUCUGAUUUUGGGCUAGCAAAGCUGGGCCCCACUGGUGACAAGUCCCACGUUUCCACCCGAGUCAUGGGCACAUACGGUUACUGUGCUCCUGAGUACGCCAUGACUGGUCAGUUGACGGUCAAAUCCGAUGUGUACAGCUUUGGAGUAGUCUUCCUUGAGCUCAUCACUGGACGUAAAGCCAUUGACAGCAGCAUGCCUCACGGAGAGCAGAACCUCGUCACAUGGGCACGUCCAUUGUUCAACGAUCGCAGGAAGUUCUCCAAGCUGGCUGAUCCAAGGCUACAAGGGCGAUACCCAAUGAGGGGGCUCUACCAAGCUCUAGCCGUGGCAUCUAUGUGCAUUCAAGAACAGGCUGCAGCUCGUCCUUUAAUUGGUGAUGUUGUCACUGCCUUGUCCUACCUGGCUAACCAGGCGUACGAACCGAAUGCAAAUGGUGGUAGUGUUGGUCAGAAGGGUUCUAGGGACGAGCGAGGUGGGCUGCUGUCGAGGGCCGAAGAUGGAGGUGGUGGGUCUGGACGAAGGUGGGACCUGGAUGGGUUUGAUAAGGACGAUUCACCUAGAGACCCAGCUGCAAAGGUCGCAACGAAUCGGGAUUUGGAGAGAGAAAGAGCUGUUGCUGAGGCGAAGAUGUGGGGGGAGAAUUGGAGAGAAAAGAGGCGGCAGAGCGCCCAGGGGAGCUCCGAUGGAGAUGGAAACAACGGCUGA